AUGGCAGAGACGUUCGCGGAGGAGGCCGUGAGAAGGAUAGGAUGGCGUCGUUGGGGCGUACGGGAGAUCUAUGAGAGAGAGAGAGAGGAGGUUGUGUGCGGUGAGUGUGAGCACCGAGGGAAGGUCACUGAGAGGAAGAGGAGUGAGCAGUUGGCGUGUGUGGGGAAAUCCGAGAUGACGAAGGGAGUCGUGUGCAGGAGCGGGGGUGCGGAGAGAGUCGCGAGCGGAAUGAGCAGGAGGAACGAAUUCGGUGAGUGUCCGGUGAGAGGGAGGCUUAUGGAACCGUACGGAGAGGUCGGUUUAGCGAAGGAUAAGAACGUAGUUGCUGGAGAUUGGGAUGGCAUAGGAGGGGACUAUAGAAUUCAUGGUAAAACUGAGUUGGUGACAUCAUCAAGGCGUCCGGUUCCGUUGACGUGGCACUUCUCAACAAAGACUUAUUUGUUACCUCUCCUUGAUGAGAAAGGAACACGCAUGAAUAGGAAGCUGUCUCUCAAUUAUCUUCAACUUUCUGCUUCAGAAGUUAGUUCUUAUGAGCUUAAUGGGUCUAAAAGGAGGACUUCAAGAAAACGUCGAGGAGAUAUGAGCUACAAUAGUUUGAUUAAUAUUCCUGGACAGUCUCUUUCCAAGAAUGACAUAAACAGAAUUCGUCGCUCGCAGGUUCCUCAAGUUAUUGACACAUUAUGGCACCUUAAGACACGGGAUAUGCUGCCUGCAAUUUGGUUUAUUUUUAACAGGAGAGGAUGUGAUGCAGCUGUGCAGUAUGUUGAAAACUGUGAUCUGUUAGAUGACUGUGAGAAGAGUGAGGUCGAAUUGGCCCUAAAGAGGUUCCGUAUACAGUAUCCUGAUGCUGUCAGAGAAAUAGCUGAGAAAGGGCUUUUGGAAGGGGUUGCUGCACACCAUGCUGGCUGUUUGCCCUUGUGGAAAUCAUUUAUUGAAGAGUUGUUCCAACGGGGACUCAUUAAGGUUGUCUUUGCAACGGAAACACUUGCUGCUGGAAUCAAUAUGCCUGCUAGGACAGCUGUUAUUUCAUCUCUUAUUAAAAAGGCUGGUAGCGAACGCAUCCAGUUAAGCCCAAAUGAACUGCUUCAAAUGGCAGGGCGUGCCGGACGCAGGGGCAUUGAUAAAAGAGGCCAUGUUGUACUGGUCCAGACUCCUUAUGAAGGUGCAGAGGAGUGCUGCAAACUUCUAUUUGCUGGAGUCCAACCUCUUGUAUCACAGUUCACUGCUUCCUACGGAAUGGUGCUGAAUCUUCUAGCAGGUGCAAAAGUUACUCGUAGAUCAAGCGAACCAGGUGAAAGUGUAGCUUUACAAGCAGGGCGAACUUUGGAAGAAGCUAGGAAGUUAGUUGAGCAAAGUUUUGGGAACUAUGUGGGAAGCAAUGUCAUGCUUGCUGCAAAAGAGGAGCUUGCUAAAAUAGAGGAUAAUAUUGAAAUGCUAACUUCAGAGAUUACUGAUGAAGCUAUAGAUAGAAAGAGCAGGAAACUUCUAUCAGCAGCAGCAUAUAGGGAGAUUGCAGAUCUGCAGGAAGAACUAAAGGCAGAAAAACGCCUUCGAACAGAAUUGCGAAGAAGGAUGGAAUUCAAGAGACUUGUUGCACUGAAACCGUUGUUAAAGAAGAUGGAAGAUGGACACUUGCCUUUUUUAUGCCUACGUUAUAAAGAUUCUGAAGGAGUUGAAAACAUAGUAGCUGCUGUUUAUUUGGCAAAUGUUGACUCACUCAAUGGUUCAAAGCUGAAGAAAAUGCUUUCUGACGAUGAUUUUUUUGCACUAAACGUAGCUGAGGCUAAGUUAAUGGCUGAUGAAACUCAAACUAUUGAGCCAUCUUAUUACGUUGCUCUCGGUUCAGAUAACUGUUGGUAUUUGUUUACAGAAAAGUGGAUUAAAACUGUUUAUAGGAGUGGGUUUCCUAAUGUUGCUUUAGCAGAUGGUGAUGCUUUACCUCGGGAAGCUAUGAGCAUACUUCUUGACAAGGAGGGAAUGCAGUGGGACAAGCUUGCUGGCUCUGAAUUUGGGGGUUUAUGGUGUAUGGAAGGAUCUCUGGAAACAUGGUCCUGGAGUUUAAAUGUCCCUGUUUUAAGCAGUCUUUCUGAAAAUGAUGAAGUCUCACAUAUAUCACAAGAAUAUAGUGAUGCUAUAGAACGUUACAAGGAACAACGGACUAAAGUUGCACGUUUGAAGAAAAAGAUAGCCCGUACAGAAGGCUUUAAGGAAUAUAAGAAGAUCAUAGACGUGAGAAAGUUAACAGAAGAAAAAAUAAGACGGUUGAAGACUAGAUCAAGUCGUCUAAUAAGUCGACUAGAGCAAAUUGAGCCAUCAGGUUGGAAGGAGUUUUUGCAAAUCAGCAAUGUUAUACAUGAAAGUAGAGCGUUGGACAUUAACACACAGUUAAUAUUCCCUCUUGGUGAAACUGCUGCUGCAAUUCGUGGCGAAAAUGAACUCUGGCUGGCAAUGGUUCUUCGAAAUAAAGUCUUGCUAGAGUUAAAGCCUGCACAACUUGCUGCUGUCUGUGCAAGUUUAGUUUCUGAAGGCAUAAAGGUUCGUGCUUGGAAGGAUAACAAUUACAUAUAUGAACCUUCGACUACCGUAAUUAAUGUUAUUCAUUUCUUGGAAGAACAAAGAAGCUCCCUUCUGCUACUUCAAGAAAAACACAGGGUAGAGAUACCUUGUUGUUUGGAUAGCCAAUUUUCUGGUAUGGUUGAAGCCUGGGCUUCUGGACUGAAUUGGAGAGAGAUGAUGAUGGACUGUGCAAUGGAUGAGGGCGAUCUCGCUCGCCUCUUACGGCGUACAAUUGAUCUAUUGGCUCAAAUUCCUAAACUGCCUGAUAUUGAUCCACAACUGCAACAUAAUGCAACAUUAGCUGCAAAUGUGAUGGACCGUCCACCAAUAAGCGAGUUAGCUGGAUGAAACUCCUGUGGCCAUGAUGAUUUAUUCUGUAAGGCUGUAGCUUAUUCAUUGCUAUUUUUACAUGAAAAGUUAUACUAAAAUAUCUCUGUAUAUCAAAUUCUUUCAUGUGCCAGCUGGAACACAAUCCAGAUAAUGUGCUCCAGAUUGGCCCAUUACUCCUGAAUCACAGAUUUACUGUAGGGACUAUUAGAAAGUUGUGGCUUAAGGUUAAGAGAAUUGUAAGUUCAAUAGUAUAUGUGUAAGCACCACUCAUACAUUUAUUACUCUCCCCUCAUUAUUUAUGAAUAGAACUUGGCAGAGAAAAGAAAGAAACUGCCAGACAAGUGUAUAUAUUUUGUGUGCUUUGUUGCAUAGGCUUAUC